GUUUGACCAGCCAGCUGCCUGUUUGCUGCUCAGAUUUAAUACUUUCUAGACUCGCUUAGCGAUUGCAACACGUCACGGCUCGGAAAAAGAAAUAAUAAGGCCUGCUAUACUGCAUGUGUAUAUAAUUUUCUUUAUACACGAAUUUCAAGUGCAAGAUUCGCUGCAAUAAUGAGCGACGAGGAGCGCCUUGCCAAAGAGGGUGAGGAGGAAGAAGAACAGGAAAUCUUUGACGAUGGCAUGGAGUACACCGAGCCGGGACAGCAGAAGAUCGAGAAACCCUCAAAAGAUGAAAAGAAUGUCGCCAAAUGGCUGAAGAAGAAUGUGAAGACAAAGAAAACCAAAUUUCUGAGUCACAUUGUCGAGUACUUUACCUCGAGCAAAGCUAUCGAUGCACUAAUGAAGUCCAAAUUCGCAGAGGGUGAUAAUCCACUGUUCACAACACGCGAACAAGUCGUCGAAUUUCUGGAUGUUAUGCUGGAGCAUAAGUUUUUCCAUCGUGCUAAGAAGGUGCCUGUCACGCUUGACGAGCUACGUGGCAAGUCUGAUAAAAAGUCCGACUCGAGCAAAACACAGGAUAAGGAAAAGGACAAAACAGAAACGACGAGUGGCGGUAAGGCCAAUGUAAAGUCGUCAUCGUCAUCGGAUAAAAAGGAGACCGACCCGGAAGCGGAUGGAGAUGCGGCACAAGCCGCUGCCGCCGCCGAUAAGAAAGAGAAGAAGAAACGCAAAAUCCGACUGGACAUGCAUCCGGAACAAAUUUUCGUCGAUGGCUCCGAGGCGUAUGUGUGGAUCUAUGAUCCAAUUCCAUUGCACUAUUGGAUCUUCGGGUUCAUAUUGCUGCUCGGCGCCGUUGGCAUUUGCCUGUUUCCAUUGUGGCCGCCACUCUUACGCAAGGGUGUUUACUAUUUGUCCAUUGCCGCUGCGGGUUUCCUGGUCUUCAUACUGGCCCUAACUGUUGUGCGUUUGAUUGUGUUCACCAUUGUCUGGGCUCUGACCGGUGGCAAACUGCAUUUCUGGAUCUUUCCGAAUUUGACCGAAGAUGUUGGCUUCUUUGCCUCUUUCUGGCCACUGUAUGAGAGCAAUUAUGUUACCGAUGCGUCCGCAUCCACAUCUGCAAACAAAUCCGAUAAGAAAUCCAAAUCGAAAUCAAAGAAAAAGGAUAAAGACAGCGAUGCGGAGGAAGAUACUGCUGUUGAUGCGGAUGGCGAUGGUGACGCUGAUGCAGACGCGGACGCGGAUGCGGAUGCGUUACCACUGGAGCCCGAGAAAAUUGAACAGAUUAAAGAGCACGAUGCCGACAUGGAGGUGCGCAAACGUCGCAAAGUUGGUGCUGAUGAGUACGAGGAGGAUGACGAAGAUGUGGAAGGAUCGGAGACUUUACCGCCACUAAGGGAUGCAGCGGCGCAAGCCAAGGAUACCAAAGCUGGCACGCCGCGCCAAUCGGAAUCGGACUCGGAGAGCUCAAGCAAAGAUUACGAAAUAAUUAGUUCAAGUGAAGUGCAAAACGUUGCCAGCAACUGAGUGAAAAAAGUGAAACGAAAAACGAAUUCAUUGAAAAUCGAUGCUUACUGUAUUUAAAUGAACCACAUCCAAUUAGUAAUAGAAAUAGCAGCAAUUAAUAUUGAUUCCAAACAGA